ACAACAACAACAACAACAACAACAGGAGGCAGGCCUCAAUAAGGUUUUACCAGCCCUUAACAACCACAACAACAACAACAACAGCUCAAGGAUCCUCGGUUUUUCAUUUUUAAUUUUCAUUAAUGUCCAGAUUUGGACAGUAAUAUUUCCCUGGACAAUAAUAUUUCCCUGGACAAUAAUAUUUCCCUGGACACAUGGAAGCAAGACAAGAUGUGUCGUGAGCUGUGACGUUCUCAAGUAAAUUGAAAAACGAAUAUAUAUGUAUAUUAGUAGCCACCAGAGAUGAGUAGCACAGAUUCCAGUGAGGACCGUGCCAUAGCUGAUGUUGCUCCGUCGGGUAAUAGAGCAGCCAUGGAGAUGGAUCAUCUACUCCAACGAUCACUUGCAACCUACCGUUAUGAGAACGCUCUGGUUAAGACAGAGUUAUCUGCUACCCUGGAGAGGCACGCUCGAGAGGUAGAGGAGCUAAGACUGAGAUAUGAAGCUCAGAUGAAGGAAGCGGAGAGGCAGCGGGUGGCAGCAGAGAGCAAGCUGUCAGAGGUGCAAGAUACACAUGCAGAGAAACAAAGGAAGUUGCAGCAGAUCAAUCUUCAGUUACAGCAAAAAAUUAAAGUGAUGGAGGAGGAGCUAGAGGCUGACAUGAGAGCCCGUGAGAAAGUGAUAAAGGAGAAGACUCAAGCUGAGGAAGAGUUACAACGUCAAAUACUCUCUCACCAAACUGCUUUUCAGGCCAUCAAGAGUCGUUUAUCUGAAGUAGAGCAGCAGUGUCGAGUGCAGUUAACAGCAGCUCAGAGUGAAGCCUCACAGCUUCGUCAGGUUAAAGACCGGGAGGCAGCAGCAGCUUCUCAACGCAUCACUGAACUGAUGAAUCUUGUUGAAGAAGAGAGAGCAGCAGUUGCCAGGAUCAAGGAGCGAUCUGUAGCCAAAGAAUUGGAACUGGAGAAACGUAUUUCUGAGGAGAGGCAGUCACAGCUCUCCAGCUCACACCAGUUAACACAACAAAACUCUCAACUGCACGACCAGUUAAAGGUGCUGGAGGCCAAAAUCAAGAGUGCAGAAGAAAAGAGAGAGACUAUAGAAUCCAAGUUUGAAUCUGAAGUCAACCAAGUGACUAAAAAGUUGUAUAGUGUUGAGCAAGAGAAAGCAAUCCUUGAGGCCAGAGUUGUUCUGCUGGAGGACACUGAAGGGUCACUGCGACGCCAGAAGGAAGAGUGUUCCACCUUACGUCAGCAACUUCAUCAGCACCAAGCAGAAGCACAAGAACUGAACACUCUCAACUUGGACUCUCACCGGCACAUUCAGAAGCUUAAGGACCAGCUUAGUGAGGCCAAAAAUCAGCUUGGUGUCGUGAAGGAAGAGUCAAGAAAGGAACGAGAGGCUGGAGAUCGUCUCGUGGCAGAUCUGCGAGUUUCUCACCAAGAGGAACUUGAAGAGCUACGAGCCAGGAUCUCCACCUUAGAGAGGCUACUGGCUGAGAAAAACACAAAGUACUUAGAGGAAUGUAAUCAGCUUAAACAGAAAGUUCGUACUUAUGGAAGAUUGAUCAAAAAGUUGAGAUUUAAGCUGGAAGUUGGAUUAGUGCGUGAAGAACUGGAGGCUCAGCGUGCUGCACUGCAACACAAUGUUCCACCUCAUGUAUACAGACAUCUGCAGAACCAAUUGCAAGACAUAACUAGGAAGCACAACGAAUUUGCUGCAUUUAUUCGUGGUCUAGGUGAAUUUCAGUCCACGUUACCAGAGAUGGCAGAACUGGCAACGUGUGUAGGAGCAGUGGAACAGAAGUUGAGUGAACUUGAAGGAGACCAAUUACACUGCUUAUCUGAACUUGACUCUCUAUAACAAGGCUGCUAUGACUUUUAAUGAGGGUUGUUACCCAGUG